UGUCAUGAUACGAUAGGUCAAACAAAGCAAGGCUAGUUUAUCAACAAAAAUGCAAAGAGAAGAUCACAAUAUUCAUUAUCCUUUCUGUCAGGACUCUAGCAAAUAUGAAAAGUUGUGCAAAAUUGGACAGGGAACUUUCGGGGAAGUAUUCAAAGCCAGAGAUAGGAAUACAAAGAGGCUUGUUGCUAUGAAAAAGAUACUCAUGGAAAAUGAAAAGGAAGGGUUUCCAAUCACUGCUUUGAGGGAGAUCAAGAUAUUGCAGUUACUUAAACAUGACAAUGUGUUAAAUUUAGUAGAGAUUUGUAGAUCUAAAGCAACACCAUACAACAGAUAUAAAAGCACAUUCUAUAUGAUCUCAGACUUUUGUGAACAUGAUCUGGCAGGAUUACUCUCAAAUACAAAUGUCAAAUUUAAUUUAGGUGAAAUAAAAAAAAUUGUUCAACAGUUGCUGAAUGGACUUUAUUUCUUGCACAGUAAUAAAAUUCUGCAUCGAGACAUGAAAGCUGCCAAUAUUCUGAUAACCAAAAAUGGUGUAUUGAAGUUAGCUGACUUUGGACUUGCUCGAUCUUUUAGUUUAAGUAAUAAAGGCAACCCAAACAGAUAUACUAAUCGUGUUGUCACAUUAUGGUAUAGACCACCAGAACUAUUAUUGGGUGAACGGGACUAUGGUCCAGGAAUUGAUAUGUGGGGAGUUGGAUGCAUCAUGGCAGAAAUGUGGACGCGUACUCCAAUUAUGCAAGGCCGAACAGAGCAGCAUCAGUUGCAGUUAAUCAGUCAACUUUGUGGAUCAAUCACAAAGGAGGUGUGGCCAAACGUAGAAAAACUCCCUCUGUGGGGAAAAAUUGAUCUGAUAUCUGGUCAGAGGAGGAAAGUAAAAGACAGAUUGAAUUAUUAUGUUAAAGAUCAGUAUGCUUUGGAGAUGCUUGACAGACUGUUGACGAUAGAUCCAACAAAAAGAAUAGAUGCUGAUACUGCACUGAACCAUGACUUUUUCUGGACUGAUCCAAUGCCAAUUGAUUUGAGCACUACUUUAUCAAAACACACAACUUCAAUGUUUGAAUAUUUAGCACCAAGAAGACCUGGUACCCGUCAGCCUGCUCCAAAUGCACCUGGUAAACCAGCACACAAUCCAGACCAACAUUUUGAACGUGUUUUCUGAACUUUAUUAUAUGUACUAUGUUAGGGUAUAUUAUAUGUUCAUGUUAUUUACCUUUUUUUUAAAUUAUGUUGUAAAAACUGUUUACACAUAGUCAUUUUAAUCAUUUCUACAAAAGCAAAGUUAAAAACUUCUUCAUGUUACAAUGUAUCUACGAAACAAGCAUAUGUCUUGCAUGUACUAGAUAUUCUAUUUAGUGCAUUUCAUUUUCUCAAUUUUUUCAUUCUCUGUUUAACAGUGGUGAUGUUAGAUUUAUAAUUCUUGAUAAUUCCUCUAUCUUCAUUUUGUAAUGAGAUGUGACAUACCUCUCAUGAUAUUCUAAAUAUUAACAAGUUAUUGUGUCUAAAAUGGAAAGGCCAAUGAAGUACCAAUUUUUUAAGCUGGAUAUUGAUACAUUUUUUGCAUUUUAUUUAUACGAAAAAUCUUCCUCACAGUCAUGCAAUAUGUUUGUUGUACAUUGUAGCUCUAAAAUUUAGUUAUCAAAAGGGACAAAAAGCAAACAUUAAGAUGUUGAAUUAAGCUUGAUUUAAAAAUAUUUCAAUGCACCAAGAGUAAUUUAAAAUUAUCUCAAAAUUCACAAUUUUAUCUUAAAAUUUACACUACAUGAAAAAUUGCUUUUUUCCACAUUAUUCAAUGGUAGGUUGCCUGACAUCAGUAGUUUUUAUUGCUUUGAAUGGAUUCACGAUUCAGUAAGCAAAAACUGUAUUAUGACUUUAAUGCAGACUUUGUUGUCCAUUUUGAAAUAUUAGAUUUUGUUUUUUCAAUAGUCUUUUAUAGCUUACCAACAGUAUAGAUUUUCUGAUGAUUUUAAGGCUGUAAAAUGAUUUGUAGUUUUUUACAUACCUCUUUUAUUUCUAUAGUUGUCAAUGUGUUGUCUCAAUCAAAACCAGUGUUACACAGUGCUCGAAGGUAAAUGAUACAUACAAAAAAAAAGAAAUAAAACCGAUAAUUAUUUACAUUAAUAUCUUGUUAAGAUUUUAAGUUGUAUACCGUAUAAAUGUGCAUAUGGAGAUUUGAAAAUUUUACAUUAAUUAUAAACUUAAUCUGCAAAUAUUUACAUAUAAUACUUUUGCCUUGUUAACUUGCUUACAAAGCAAAUAAACCUCCAUGAUUUUAUGCAAUUUUACAAAUUUUUUUUAUUUAAUGGAAACUUUUAUCUUUUGUUGUCUUCUUAAUCUAUUGGUCUAUAUCAGAAUUGUGAUUAUCAGAUCUUUUUAAGAUACCUAAAUACUAAAUGUUUCUAGAGUUGAUAGAUUUUACAAUAAUGGACAUGUUUUGUACACUAUUUAAACCUUUAUCAAGAAGAAUUACCAUUUUUGUUAUGUGUUUGAUCAGUUUUACAUGAACAUUUUAUGUAUAUUUAUAUAUUACAAAUAUUACAUUAAAAAUAAUUUGCCUUUAA